AUGGCAGAGACAACUGCCAUUUCCACUAAGCCCGUCCACACCAUUGUGUUGGAUGCUGGCCCGAUUCUUAAAAAUACCCCGCCGCUUUCCACCCUCCUCGCCCAGUGUGAAGAAAUUAUCACCACCCCCUCCGUGGUGGGCGAAAUUCGCGACCCGGAUGCCCGCGCUCGUGUGGAAACCCUCUACCUUCCCUUUUUGAAGCAGCGAUCUCCAACCCCGAAGAGCUUCAACAUCGUCAGCGAGUUUGCUCGCAAGACUGGUGACCGAUCUGUGCUGAGUAGAACCGAUAUCGAGGUCCUCGCGCUUGCAUAUGAGAUUGAAUGCGAAAAGAACGAGGGUGACUGGCGCUUGCGCAGUGUUCCUGGGCAAAAGAAGAUCAAUGGAAAACCGCCUGUCAAGGAGGCACCGACCGAGGCCGCGGCCGAAUCUGCGGACGUCGAAGCCAUUACCGAAGGCGUGAAGGAUACAACUGUCGCAGACGCCCAAGAAGCGCCCAAGGAGGAAGAGGCUACUGCGCCCGAAGAAACCGAGAACCUGCUCGAGGCUGCUGUUGAGAUUGCCGACGAAGAGGCCCAAGAGGAAGAUGAGGAAGCAAACGAUGAUGCUGCCGAUUCUGACGGCGGAGAAUGGAUCACUCCCUCGAACUAUAAGAAGAAACUGGCCGCAGAUGAGUCUGGAUCCGCGACUUUGACAGCUGCACCCAAAACAAUGCAGGUUGCGACAAUGACUACUGAUUUCGCCUGUCAAAACGUUCUUUUGCAAAUGAACCUCAACCUUCUGUCUACUACGACCCUCCAGAAAAUCCAACACCUGCGGACUUUCAUCAAGCGCUGCCAUGCUUGCUUCUUGACUACCAAGGAAAUGAACAAGCAGUUCUGCCCUCGCUGUGGCAAAGACACACUCACUCGUGUCUCCUGCACGACUACCGCCAACGGCGCAUUCACCAUGCACUUGAAGAAGAACAUGCAGUGGAACACGCGCGGUAACGUGUACAGCAUUCCCAAGCCCGUUGCCGGAACCUCGAACGGCAAGUGGAAGGGAGGUGGUGGCCAGCGAGGAUGGGGUCAGGAGCUCGUUCUUGCCGAAGACCAGAAGGAGUAUGUCCGCGCCAACACCGAAGAAGAGCGCCGACAGCGCCGGGAGCGUGAUCUCAUGGACCAAGACUACCUGCCUGGUAUCUUGACAGGUGAGCGCAACCGGACCGGUGGUCGUACCAAGGUCGGUGCUGGCCGCAAUGUCAACUCGCGGAAGCGCUGA